CACACUUUUUCUUAAUUCCAUUCCCAAAAAAAUUAAUCUCUGAGAAUUAUACUUGUACUUCACAGGACGACAUGCAGUACACCUUCUUUAUUCUGAUUGCUUUCUUCUUCGCUGGGGUCACCAUGGCCAAUCAGGAUUGGAAAAUGAGGAAGUUUGGAGGCAUUGGGGGUGGUGACGACAUGGCGCAUUUUGAUAGGUUCAUCACGCACAAACGAGCUAUAAACGGGGAGCUCCGCAGGUCCAGUAUUCUUUGGGGCAAACGGGCACAUGCUUCAGGGCUGAGGAAUUUUGAAAGGGACAUCCCUCUGAUUCCUGAAGAUUUCAUGGUGAUGUGGCCGGUGGAAUCAUCCGAGAAAACGAUCAAAGAUGAGAAUAAAUUCGAAACGACCACAAUAUUGGCCAAGACUUCAAGACAGUCGUUGAAUCAACAUGAGACUGAAAAUGAGGAAGUGUUUUCUGAUGACAAUCUGAAAAUGGAGCGGGUGGCGAAAGCAGGAAUCCGGCCAAAACUUCAACUCAGCAGCCGGCUUUGGGGGCGUUGAAGGUGCAGAAAUGAGAUAGUUGAUACAAUUUUUCUUUCCUCCAGUCCUUGUACUUUUGGUGAAAUAAAGCUGUUUUGUUAGA